AUGGAGCUCUCCUGCACGCGCCUCUUUUUCUUGAUGCUGCUUGGUUUGUGGUGGCCAGGUUUGGCGUGGCAUCGGGUGGGAGCAGCUCAGGUUCGGGAGCACUACAUAGCCGCAGAGACUACCAGCUGGAGCUACAGACCCCAGUCCAAAGAACAGUCCAGAUUAGACAAUUCAGAGCCUGUGUUUAAGAAAAUUGCCUAUAGAGAGUAUGAAGCAGAUUUUCAGAAAGCAAAACCAAGAGAUACUUUCUCAGGUCUUCUGGGACCAACUCUGCGUGCUGAAGUGGGAGACACUUUAGUAGUUCACUUUAAGAACAUGGCCAACAAACCGCUGAGCAUUCACCCACAGGGCAUAGCUUACAACAAACGGUCAGAAGGUUCCCUGUAUGCUGACAGAACAUCUUCUUUUGAAAAACUGGAUGAUGCUGUGCUUCCAGGCCUGGUGUAUAAAUACACAUGGGAGAUCACUGCGGAAAUUGGGCCUAAAGAAGCCGACCCCCCCUGUCUCACCUAUAUCUAUUACUCACAUGAGAACAUGGUGAUGGACUUUAACUCCGGUCUGAUUGGAGCAUUGCUUAUAUGUAAAAAAGGAAGCCUGAAGGAAGAUGGGACACAGAAGCUGUUUGACAGAGAAUAUGUGUUGAUGUUUGCUGUGUUCGAUGAAAGCAAAAGCUGGCAAAAAUCAACCUCUCUCCUGUACACGAUUAAUGGUUAUGCUAAUGGGACAUUGCCAGACCUAGGAGCUUGCACAUACGAUAACAUUAGCUGGCAUUUGAUAGGAAUGAGCUCCAAACCAGAGAUUUUCUCCAUCCAUUUCAAUGGGCAAGUCCUGGAACAAAAUCGUCACAAGGUCUCGACCGUCAACCUUGUGGGAGGUGCAUCGACCACAGCAAACAUGACUGUGAGCCAGAAAGGAAGGUGGCUGAUAUCUUCUCUUGUCCAGAAGCAUCUGCAAGCUGGAAUGCACGGUUACCUCAACAUAGAAGAACAUGCGGGGAAAGACGUGUUCAAGAAGAAAUUCUCCUUUAAGGAAGUGCGUAUGAUUAAGGACUGGGAAUAUUUCAUUGCUGCGGAAGAAAUCACCUGGGAUUAUGCUCCAGAAAUUCCAGAGACCAUUGAUAGUUCAGACAACAGCACUCUGAGUAAAGCCGUUCAACCAGGGGAAACCUACACGUAUAAAUGGAGGGUCAUGGACACCGAUCAGCCCACUGCACAGGAUGCCCAGUGUCUAACGAGAUUAUAUCACAGUGCUGUAGAUGUAACCAGGGAUAUAGCCUCUGGACUGAUUGGCCCACUUCUGAUUUGUAAAAGUGAAGCACUGGACAAGAGGGGUGUGCAGAAAAAGGCAGAUGUAGAGCAGCAGGCCGUGUUUGCCGUGUUUGAUGAAAACAAGAGUUGGUACUUAGAGGAUAACAUCAAGCAGUACUGCAGCAACCCCUCCAGCGUUAAAAGGGAUGAUCCCAAGUUCUACAGGUCUAACGUAAUGCACACAAUAAAUGGCUACAUGUCUGACAGCACUGAAAUCCUGGAAUUUCCCCAUGACAGAAUUGUACAGUGGCACAUCUCCAGUAUUGGCACCCAGGAUGAGGUAGUGUCCAUACACCUUUCUGGUCACACUUUUUUGACUCAAGGGAAGUAUGAAGAUGUACUGAAUCUUUUUCCCAUGAGUGGAGAAUCGGUCACUGUAGAAAUGAACAACGCUGGUACGUGGCUUUUUGCAUCCUGGGGUUCCCCUGAGAUGAGCCAUGGCAUGAGGCUGAGGUUUAGAGAUGCCAAGCAUGAAAAAGAUGUAGAUUAUUCUGAUGAGGACGGCCCAUAUGAUAUCAUAGAAUUCCCCUCUGAGAAGACUCAUCAAAAUGUGCCUGUCACCUCACCCCAAACUGGAGGAGAAACAGAAAAAAAACAGCAGUCUUCUGAUGAUUUUGAUGACCAAGAUUUUCUGGCCUCAAGUUUGGGACUUCGGACAUUUGGGAAGAAAUCAAUGGUCCAGGAGGAAAUGCAGAAUCUUACUGCUCUGGCCAUAGAUGAGAACUUUGGCACCAUCAUUAAGAGUGCUGAUGUGUCUGCUGGCUCAGAUCCGCCAUUCAGUGAUACCUUGGACACUGAUGUGCUCUUGGAAACUCAAAGCACUGCUCUCCCAACCAAGGCUGGGUCCCUCCAUAAAAAUUACACAGUGGCAGCAGAACAGUCACUUCCAGUCACCACAACAGCAGUAAGUCCUGACUUGGCAUCUGAAGCUGGAAACCAAAGUGACUAUGAAGCAAAUCAGAGUCAGAUGUCAGGAAAUUAUGAGAAAACACUUGCAGGUGAACUACUGAGGAACAGGGAAGAAGCCCAAACAAAAGAUGCCGCAGAACUGUUACCUGACAGGGGGGACAGCAUGAAGUCCUUCUUUGCAACACUCUAUUCAGAGGAGCCGCAAGAGGAAAAUUCAGGAGGAGAAUACAAUUUCUCCAGUUCAGAUAUGUUAGGGACUGACCAAUUUCCAAAUGAAUAUGUUGAGGACCAGGAUGUGGAGGAGGUAGAGGAGGAGGAAACCAAGAAAGAAAAUGCUGAAUUUCCCAAACAUGCAGAUAACUUGACUUUUGCUGUGGGACACAGGGCAGAAAACAAUGAGUUAAACAUGUUCAAUCUUUCUGACUUAGAACUACCCAAAGAUAAACAAAGAAAUUUUACUCUAGAUUAUGCAUCAGAUAUCUUAAUUUCUACUCGCAGCCCAGUGGUGGCAAAGGACAUGCUGGGAAAGCUGUCGCCAAGAGGUAUGAAGUCUCCAUAUAAAAUUAUGAAUGAGAAAAGGAAUUUGGCCUCUGGGAAGGAGAGUUAUGGGAUGGAGACAAAUUCAGCUCAGGCUACUGAUAAAUUACAGAAUCGUUCCAGAAAUGCUACAAUGCCUACAAGAGAGAGUGUGUCCCUGAAUAAGAAGAAGCAAGGAAAAUUCAAAGGCUACUCACAGUUUACAAAGGGUCAUUGGAAAGUAAGCAGCAAGCAUCCAAUGCUGAAAGGGGAAGAGAGAAAUGUGAAUGGCACCUUGAGUACAUCUGUGACUCUCAUCAAGUCCCGAAGGAGGAAAAAGGAUAAUCAAAAGUAUAGUAGUCUCUCAUUGACACCCAGAGGUGUGAGACCCCCAAAGAUACCUGGAGAGCAAAACUGCACAUUAUUGUCCAGUGAGGCCAACCACACAGUGUCCCUUUGUGAGACCAACAAUACAGCAUUGCCCAGUGAGGCCAACCUCCCGGUUUUGCCAAGCAGGGCUAACUACACGCUGACCCCAAGACAAUUUAAGCCAGUCAUCAUAGGGCUUCCCAGUGGGAAUGGGGACUCCAAGGAGCAUGUUCCAGGAGGCUCUGACCGUUUGGAAAUUGCAGAUGACCAAUAUACAAGGGACCCCAGAUUCAACAUUAAUAAUGUCCGUAACCCUGAUGACAUUGCUGUGCAUCAUCUACACAACAGAGGGAACAUGAGAAGAUACUACAUUGCAGCCGAAGAGGUCUUCUGGGACUAUGCAAGACUAAAGAAAAGCACAAUGAGGAAUGAGAGAACCAGCCAUGAUGGGGGCAACACCAUAUACAAAAAAGUGAUUUUCCGAAGCUAUGUGGAUAGUACCUUUACAACUCGGGAGCCUGAAGGGGAGUAUGAAGAACACCUGGGUAUCCUGGGUCCUGUUAUCAGGGCUGAGGUGGAUGAUGUCAUCCAAGUUCAUUUUAAAAAUCUGGCAUCCAGACCAUAUUCCCUCCAUUCUCAUGGGCUUUUCUAUGAGAAAUCCUCUGAGGGAAGCAGUUAUGAAGAUGAGUCUCCAGACUGGUUCAAAAAGGAUGAUGCAGUUCAGCCAAAUGACACCUAUACCUAUGUAUGGUUUGCAACCAAGCGGUCUGGACCUAUACAACCUGGAGCAGCCUGUAGGUCCUGGGCCUAUUACUCCAGUGUAAACCCGGAGAAAGAUAUUCACUCAGGCUUGAUUGGUCCAAUCUUGAUCUGUCGAAAGGGAACCCUCAGUACAAGUAACAACAGGCCAGUAGAUACCCGAGAGUUUGUCCUGCUUUUUAUGGUCUUUGAUGAAGAGAAAAGCUGGUACUUCAAUAAGCAUUCCAAAAGGACUUACAGUGAGAAGACCUCAGAAGUGCAAAAAUACCAUAAAUUCCAUGCCAUUAAUGGGAUCAUAUAUCACUUGCAAGGACUGAGGAUGUAUAAAGAUGAACUGCUCCGAUGGCACUUGUUGAAUAUGGGCGGGUCAAAAGAUAUUCACGUGGUUCACUUUCAUGGUCAGACCUUCACAGAAGUCCCUGGGCAUCAGCUUGGUGUCUAUCCUCUCCUUCCAGGCUCAUUUCGAACUAUUGAAAUGACACCACCAAAAGCUGGCAUGUGGCUUUUAGACACCGAAGUGGGGGAAUAUCAGCAAGCUGGAAUGCAGGCCUCCUUUAUCGUUGUAGAAAAAGAGUGCAAGUUACCAAUGGGCCUAAUGAAUGGACUUAUACUUGAUUCACAGAUCAGUGCUUCUCAUCACAUAAACUAUUGGGAGCCUAAAUUAGCUAGAUUAAACAACGCUGGAAAAUAUAAUGCUUGGAGCACUGACAUGGAGCAAAGUGAAUUUCCAUGGAUCCAGGUGGACCUGCAAAGGCAAGUUCUGAUCACAGGGAUACAGACGCAGGGAGCCAAGCAGUUGAUGAAGUCCUUGUAUGUCAAAGAGUUCUUUAUGACUUACAGCAAGGACAAACGGAAGUGGAUCACCUUCAUAGGAAACAGCACUGGGGGACAGAAGUUGUUUGAAGGUAAUUCAGAUGCCCAUGGGAUAAAAGACAACCAUAUUGAUCCACCUAUCAUUGCUAGGUAUAUUAGGGUUUAUCCAACUGACUCCUACUACAGGCCUACUCUUCGCAUGGAACUCCUGGGCUGCGAAGUCGAAGGUUGCUCUCUGCCACUGGGAAUGGAAAAUGGGGAGAUCAAGAAUGCUCAGAUUACAGCUUCUUCCUAUAAGAAAUCCUGGUAUAACUCAUGGGAGCCUUCCCUCGCGCGUCUCAAUCAGCAAGGGAGGAUAAAUGCCUGGCAAGCGAAGUCAAACAACCACCAGCAGUGGCUGCAGAUUGAUCUCCUCAAAGCGAAGAAGAUAACCGCUAUCACAACCCAGGGUUGCAAGUCCAUGUCUACGGAGCAGUUUGUGAAAACCUACGCCAUCCUUUACAGAGAUGAAGGCACAGAAUGGAAACCUUAUAUGGAUGACUCCACUUCAGUGGGAAAGGUAUUUGGGGGGAACGAGAACAGCAGCGGACAGGUCAAGCAUUUCUUAAAUCCACCCAUAUUUUCCAGGUUCAUCCGCAUUGUUCCUAAAACCUGGAAUCGAAGCAUUGCUCUUCGGGUAGAACUCUUUGGUUGUGAUCCUUUCUAG